AUGGCCAAGUCUUUCCGGAACCCCAGCCUGAUGGCCAGCUCAUUGAUCCGCGUCGCCCUGCCUCAGCGGCUAUCUUGGAACUGUACGAACCCAGACCCAACGACCCACCGAAAUUUCGAGCAACUGGUAUGGCAAACCUUGAAAAUUUUUGUCAGAGAAGCGUGUUGUAUGAUAGCCUACUAUCUGAUCCAAUGGAUGUCAAGGCUGGCAAGAGGCAGCAAAGAGCUAGGCUACACGCCCAUUCCGCGCGACUCAAUGGACGGACGCUUACAAGAGGAGGAGGAGCAGGAAUCCACCCUAGGUGACACUCUCACCCCCGACCAACCUGUCUCGGUAUCAGACUCCCUCAUCCAGCCUGCCCAUCUCAAAUCUCGAUUAGUCGGCCUCCAGAAACUGGUCUUCUGGCUGCCCGCCUUGUUCGAUAUUUGCGGAACAACUGUCAGUGCCCUCUACACGCCAUCUCACUUGUUGUUCAUCGCUAACUUGUUCCAUUCUCAGUCUUCCAAAUGA